UGAUCAAUUUACUAUUCCUUUUCACGUGUUUGGUGGUCUGUAUUUCUGGUCAUCAAUUUGAUAGAAUGCAAAGCACAUUGAUAGAGGACAUGGAAAUAGAGAAGGAGUUAAAACUGAUUAACAAAGUUCCUAUCAAGAGUAUUCAUACAAAAUUUGGUUAUAUCGUUGAUUGUAUUGAUAUUAAUAAUCAACCAGCAUUUAAUCAUCCAUUGCUAAAGAAUCAUACAUUACAGAGACAUCCAAACUUUCGAAUGACAAACAGAAUUAUUCGAAGAAAUACUACGAAGAUAACAUCAACUAAAGCUAUAUUUGGCCUUCGAAAAAAUAAAUGUCCAACCGGAAGUGUUCCUAUUAAAAGAGCAACCAAAGAUGAUUUAAUUCGAGGAAAAUCAUAUUUUAAUAAUGGUUUGGUUGAUCAUACCCAUGGUAAUCAUUAUGCAGAAGUUAUAUCAUAUCCAAGAUAUGAUUUUUAUAAUGGAGUUUCUGGAACAAGCAGUGUAUAUAAUGUGAAAAUUCGAAAAGGUCAAUCAAGUUCGGCUGUGAUGUAUAUUCGAAAUGGACCGGAUAGCACAAGUUAUAUAGGCAUGGGAUGGCAUAUAGCUCCAGAUUUAUACAACGAUGAUGACACUCAUUUUUAUGUAGUAUGGACGGCAGAUAAUUUCAAAAAUACCGGAUGUUUCAAUCAUCUAUGUCCAGGAUUCGUUCAAACUAGUAAAAAAGAUUAUCUUGGUGGAAAUAUUGGCGCCACGUCUAUCUAUGGUGGACAUAUGGUUGAAAUGACAUAUUCUAUUUCUCAGGAUCCUGAGACAAAAAAUUGGGUUAUAUCUAAUGAAAGUGAGAUGUUAGGAUAUUUCCCAGCAUCAUUAUUUCCCAACAUGGCACAAGCCCAUCAAGUAGGAUGGGGUGGUAGAACAUCUAACUCUCAAGGUGGUCCUAGUCCUCAAAUGGGGUCUGGAUAUUUCCCUGAUAAAGUAUUUACUCAUUCAAGUUAUUUUAAAGAUGUUGCAUUUCAAGUUGAAUCAAAGGGAAGCGUUUUCCCUUAUAUUCAAGAUGUAGAUGCAGUCUCUGACAGGCCUGAUUGUUUUUAUGCUCGAUACUAUGGAUUACUAGAGGAAGUUGGAUAUUCUCUCCAAUUUGGAGGACCAGGUGGUAGUUGUGGUGGUUAAUUUUUAUUAUUAUAACUUUGUUAAAAUUCAAAUACAAAUAAAACUUUAUUGGCAUCUAUGUUUUGAAUAUUUUAUUUUUUAAUUUUCA